AUGUCCCGCUCCCCGUCCUUAGCCUCUUCUCUCGACUUUGCCCAGUCCUCGGGCGGAUCAGGCUCAGAAGAAGAGUACACCCCCGUCCGCCGUAAAGCGCCCACAGCGCGCAAAGCCCCUGCAGCAACAGCGGGAAAGAAGGGCAAGAAGGAAAAGGCAGCGGCAGGACCGCUCAAGAUCAACCUCUCGGCCUUGCGGCGGGCGCAGGCGGUGACUUCUGCCCAUCCGGCGGAGGGGCCGAUAGAGGAUGAUGAGGAAUUUGGGGAGGGGGAGUUUGCGGAUGGGUUGAUUGGGGCCAGAGGGGUGGAUUUGUCGGGAUUAGAAUUGAAGGCGGAUCAUGCGGCGAGACCGCUCUGGGUCGACGAGCAUGGGAAUAUUAUCCUGGAAGCGUUCGCUGCGUUCGCACAACAAGCACAGGAGUUUCUUAUCGCCAUUGCUGAGCCUGUGUCCAGACCAUCCCUGAUCCACGAGUACAAAAUCUCCAAACCCUCUCUCCACGCCGCCAUGUCGGUCGGGCUCGAAACCAAGGAUAUCAUCGAAGUCCUCUCUCGCCUCUCCAAGACUCCCCUCCCUCAGCGCCUGAUCUCCCGUAUAGAAGACUGGACCUCAUCGUACGGAAAGAUCCGCCUCGUCCUCAAGCAUAACCGGUAUCAUCUUGAAUCAACCGUACCGGACUUCCUGCGGACGUUGUUGAACGAUGAAGUCAUCGGGCCGUGUCGGAUCGUCAGGGCCGAAGGGGAGGAGACUGGGGACGGAGGGUUGAUGCGGGGGAACGUCCCAAGACGGGACUUUGCGAUUGAGGGGACAGACGAGGCGAGGCGGCGGAAAGAGGGGGAAGGGCCGGGCGUGCCGCAGAGAGGGAGGGAGAGGGAUGAUGUGAUUGGUGCAGUCAUCGGGAUUGAAGAGAAUGACGAGAUUGACGAGGACGAUGCCGUCCACUCGUUCGAAGUCUCCGCCGAGAAGAUGGAAGAUGUCCGCCGUCGAUGUAAAGAUAUCGAUCUCCCCGCAUUAGAGGAGUACGACUUCCGGAACGAUACCCAGAACCCAAACCUCGAUAUCCAGCUCAAACCGAUGACGGUCAUCAGACCGUAUCAGGAGACGAGUCUCGCCAAGAUGUUUGGAAAUGGACGCGCGAGGAGUGGGAUUAUUGUACUGCCGUGUGGAGCGGGAAAGACGUUGGUGGGUAUUACGGCGGCGUGUACGAUCAAGAAGAGCGCUCUGGUUCUGUGUACUUCUGCAGUGUCGGUGGCGCAGUGGAAGCAGCAGUUCCUGCACUUUUCGAAUAUAUCAGAAAGGCAGAUCUGCACCUUCACGCAGGGCGAUAAGGAAGUAUUCUCCGGCCCCGCAGGAGUCGUCAUCUCCACCUACUCGAUGAUCGCACAUACCGGCAAAAGAGCACACGAUGCCGAAAAGGUCAUGCAGUUCCUGCGGUCCAGGGAAUGGGGUUUCUUGCUGCUGGAUGAGGUCCAUGUCGUCCCUGCCGAGAUGUUCCGGAAGUGUGUCAAUGGUUUCAAGGUGCAUGCCAAGUUGGGUCUGACAGCGACACUUGUACGUGAGGACGAUAAGAUUUCUGAUUUGGGAUACUUGAUCGGUCCGAAGCUGUACGAGGCGAACUGGAUGGAUCUGGCCAAGAAUGGUCAUAUCGCUACUGUACAGUGCGCAGAAGUAUGGUGUCCCAUGACGCCCGAGUUCUACGCCGAGUACCUGCGCACCAAAUCCCGAAAACGGAUCCUCCUCCACGCACUCAAUCCGAACAAGUUCCAAGCGUGUCAAUAUUUGAUACAUUAUCACGAGAGCCGAGGGGACAAGAUUAUCGUCUUCUCAGAUAAUGUGUUUGCGCUCGAGGCGUAUGCGAAGAAGCUGGGGAAGAGUUAUAUUCACGGUGGAACGCCUGAAGGGGAGAGAUUGAGGAUCUUAUCCCGCUUCCAGCAUGAUCCUCAGCUCAACACCAUCUUCCUCUCCAAGGUUGGAGAUACCUCGAUCGAUCUGCCUGAAGCAACCUGCCUGAUCCAGAUCUCGUCCCAUUUCGGCUCUCGACGACAGGAAGCACAACGACUUGGCCGAAUCCUUCGAGCAAAGCGGCGAAACGAUGAUGGUUUCAACGCGUUCUUCUACUCGCUCGUCUCGAAGGAUACGCAGGAGAUGUGGUAUUCGUCUAAACGGCAGGGAUUCUUGAUUGACCAAGGUUACGCCUUCAAGGUCAUCACCGAGCUGCAUGGUCUCGACCAACUCCCCGAUCUCGUCUUCCCGACAAAAGCACAGCAAAUUUCGCUCCUCGAAGAAGUCCUGAACGCCUCGGGAGAGAUGGAAGAGACAGCCGACCACUAUUCCAAAUUCACCGGCGGGAAGCACCAGCACAAGGCGAGCAAAGGUCCUGGGAGGGGAUUGGGGGCUACGGCCGACAGCGGUGUGCAGCCUGCUCAGCGGUUCAACGCGCGUCUGGAGGAAUUGAGUGGGGGGCAUAAUCUGAGCUAUAGGGAACAGAACAAGAGUGUCAAUCGGGAGAUGUUGAGGGAGGAUCGGGCGAAUAAGAAGAAUGGGACGAGUGGGCAAGGGGGGUCGCAUGCUGUUUUCAAAAAGAGAAGGGUGGAGGUCAGUGCGGCGAAGAAGAGGGCUGCUGAGGGGUCGUAG